AUGCCAAGAGCAGCAAGCAGCAGCACCAGCAGUAGCUACGCGGCAGCAGCAAGCAGCACCAGUCGAGCACCGGCGAGCGGACAUGCGUGCGUGCGCGCGCGAGCAAGCAACAACAGCGACCGGCCGCGCCCCGGCAAGCGCGGCACCACCCCGCUCCCUCGAGCUCGACCCUGGUCGGCUGCCCCUCCUCCGGCUCCGUCCUCGCCGGCUCGACCCGCCUCGGUCAGGUUCCUGCAAACCAUCUCCGUCUCCAGCAUAGCUCGCCCAGCCGGCGCCGCGCGCCUCCUCUCCGUCGGGCCGGCAACCCACGGCGCAGAGCAUCCUCGCCCUUCAUGGCCGCCCACAUGCUGCGUGCUUGGCGUCGGUGCUCCGGUGCGUGCUCCAUGGCGGCGGCGGCCUCCCAUCCCGGAAUGUUCUCGACGGCGUCGGCCUCCCCUCCUGGACGUGCUCGAUGGCCCCGCGGCGCUGCUCGGCGGCGGCCUCCCCGCGGCGGCCACCUGCGGCGGUGGCCUCCCCGCGGCGCUGCUCGCGGCGGCCACCCGCGGUGCUGCUCGGCGGCGGCCUCGCGUGCUGCUCCCGUUGGAUGUCAUGGGAUGA